AUCUCAUCUUCCUCAUUUUAAUUUUUAUGAAUAUGUUUAGAAAUUAAUAUAAUAGCAUUUGUACCUUUAAUAAAUUCUAAUAACCAAAUAUCUUCAAAUAGAAUAAUUACCUACUUUAUUAUUCAAGCUUUAGCAUCAUCAGCUUAUAUUUUUAUUAUUAUUAACUUUUUAAUAAAUUGUGCAACUUCAAUUGAAAAAUUAAACCCAGCUAUCAGAUGUUCAAUAAUAAUCAAAGUGGGGGCUGCCCCUUUCCACAUUUGGUUCCCUCAAAUUAGAGAAGGAAUUUCUUUACAAAGCCUUCUUCUUCUAUCGUCAAUUCAAAAAAUUAUUCCACUCCACAUCACUAGAAUAUUUGUUAAUAAAUUUAUUUUUAUUGCCAUCACAAUAAGAGCUAUAAUAGGAUCCCUUGGAGGUCUCAAUCUUUCAAUUCGAAAAAUUCUAGCAUUCUCAUCAAUUACACAUUUAGCAUGGAUACUUAGACUUAUUAUACUUAACAGAAAUAUAUGAUUAAUAUACAUACUUAUUUAUACAACAAUAUUAGCUUUUUUUAUCAACUUUAUACAUAUUAACAGCAUAAAUUUUAUUAAUCAGACAAUUUCUUUUUCAAAGAAAAUUCUCUUUACAUUAUCAUCCUUCUUAUAUCAUUAGGGGGAAUACCACCUAUAAUUGGAUUUUUUAUAAAGUGAAUAUCAUUAAAAAUUAUUA